GCGUUAGACUCUGCUUUUUGCUUUGCGUUCUUCCCAUUUCUUCUAUUCAAUCUGCUACUGUUUCUGCAGUGAGAAACUCCAGCGACAGCAGCCAUGAAGUUUCGCGCUCUUGUCUUCCUUCUGCUCUUCACCUGCAUGUACCUGAGUGUAGCACAAGGCUCGUUUGACAACUGCUGCCUCGGCUACGUUAAAGAGUUUGGAAAAAGGAUGAAGAAAAACAUUGUCGAUUACAGGAUUCAGGAAACAGAUGGGGACUGCAACAUCAGAGCUGUUGUGUUUACGAUGAAGAAGAGGCGUCCACCAACCAAGGUCUGGACUCUCUGUGCCAACCCUAUGGACGGUUGGGUCCAGGACCAGAUCAAGAAUCUCAAAAGGAAAGCACGGAACUAGGCAAGAAAGCAGCAAGAAGAGAAGAGAAGAGAGCGGUUGUUUCACCUCCCUGUGGGGAUCCAUAUAUCAUCAUUAACCAGAUGAAUUGUGUUUCACUUGAUUAGACAUUUCCUGUUGCUCCAAAUCUUAAAUCAUGUACUCAGUCCUUUAUAACACAAUCAUACUGUACUCUCAAAGUUGUAGCCAGUAUAAACAACAUUUAUAUGAGCCGCCAACACAAUACUGUUCACCCAUCUGUGAUGUGUAAGAAAACUGCAAGAAAUGAGCCACUCUUUGGCAGCUUUAAAUGUGUGUAAAUAUAUAAAUAUAUAUAUAUAUGUGUGGCCCUUGUGUAGAAAAGAAAAAACAAAAAAACAAAAUUCACCUUAGUGAUAAGCUGAGUCUUUUUUUAUACAACAGACUUCCAUAUUUUUGUAUUAGCACUCUCAUUGUACUUUGUGGUUUCCUCAGUGAAAUAAAGAAUUAAUGGAAACUAAAA